AUGAUUCAUCACGAUGAUCUUCUUUCACCAAGAUCUGUUAAAAAUCUUUCUAAUAAACCAUAUAAAGCCUUACAAACAUUACAUAAUGCUCAAAUUAGUGUUCGUUUACAAAAUCGAUUACUUAUUCAUGCUGUUGAUCAAUACCUUAAAUAUUUACGAAAUGAAACACAUAAAAAUCAGACAAUCAAUAAUGAUUUAUCCAAUGGGGUAGUCAAUAAUAAAGAGAAGAUUCUAAUGACUCCGCUUUCAUUAACUACAGAAACUUCACUUGAACGAACAGUCGAAGAUAUGGUAACUUUUGAAUUUGUUGAAAAAGUUCGUAAAUCAUUCAUGGAAGCUGAUACUGAUAAUACAGGCUAUUUGGAUGUUAGUGAAUUUACUGCAUUUAUGCGACAAACCUAUUCUGAUAUCACUGAUCGUGAAGCACAAAUCAUAUUUAUGAAAAUAGAUACAAAUUGUGAUGGAGAAGUUGAUCUUUCAGAAUAUUUAACAUAUAUUUUAUUUGAACAUCAAGAAAGAGAAAUUAUGUAUGAUAUGUCAAAACCAAUGCCUUAUCCAAAUAAUCCAAAAGAAUUUACAUUAAAAAAUCUAUCACUUGAUGUUUAUAUUGAUUUUCAAUUCUUUCCUGGAAUAUCACGAGCGGGUAUAAUUCUCGAUCAAAUUGAUUAUACAUAUGGACGAUAUAUAUCCAUAACACGUAAUGGUAUUGUAUCACAUUGGUCAUUAACAUUAAAACUUAUUCGAGAAUCAAAAAUUCAAUCAAUUGAACAAAGAAAACAAACUCUUCCAUUAUGGAUAACAUGUAUGUGUGUUUUACCAGAUAUGAAUUAUUUUGUUAUAGCAACUACUGAACGUGAUCUAAUUUUUUAUGAUAUUAAUUCACAUAUCUAUACAGGUUCUAUUAUAAUUAAUCAUUUUCCAGCUAGUUUAAGUACAAUUUCAUAUCGAAUGAAUAUAAAAAAUUCAUUUCAAUCCGCAAUUUUUUGUGGAGAUUCAUUAGGAAAUUUAUUUAUUUUUCAAGCUAAAGAUCAAUAUAAACCAAUGUUUCAUAUAUCUGAUACAAUACAUCAUAUGAAAUCAGAAUCAAUUAGAUAUUAUUCAUUUCCACGAAUUAUUAAUAAUGAAUAUUUAACAAUAUCAGUAAUUAAAUUUUGUAAUUUACAUUAUGAUUGCAUUGUACAAAUUAAAUGGAUUAAUGAUCUUGAUUUAUUUGUAUCAUGUGCAUUAACAUCGAAUAGAAGUUUAUAUAUUGGAGAUUUACAUAAAAAAACAGAAAAAUAUGCAAUGGCAAAAAAAGGUUUUGGAGUGUUUGAUUAUUGUACGGCGCAUCGAUCGAUCGUCACUGGUGGUAUUGAUGGUAUCAUUCGUUUUUGGGAUCCAUUUGUUACAGAACGAGCAGCAGCUAUUUUACGCGGACAUAAUUCUUCUAUUACUCAUCUAGUUGUUGAUAAUCGAGAAGCUCAUGUCAUCAGUAUUGAUAAAGGAAAAAAUAUUAUUAUCUGGGAUGUACAAACAUUAAAAAUGAUACAACGUAUAUCACAUACAAUUCUUGAUCUAUCUGAACAAGAUUUAACAAUAUGUUACUUAAAUCCAAUUCAACAAAAUUUAAUUAUUGGUAAUAGAAAACUUCUUUCAUUAUCACAUACCAAUGAAUUAUAUACACACAAUGAACGAACAUCACAUUUUUAUCCUAUAACACAAAUACUAUAUAAUCCUCUAUUUGAUGUUAUCAUAUCAUCAGAUGAAAGUUCAACUGUGAAUAUAUGGAAUAUAGUAACUGGUGAAAAAAUAAUGCAUAUAUUAAAUGCACAUGUUACACAAUUUGAUGAAUAUAAUGAACAUGCUGUUGAAAUAACAGCUAUGUGUUUAGAUGAAACUAAACGUCGUUUAAUAACAGGUGCACAUGAUGGUUCAUUAGCAUUAUGGAAUUUUAAUAAUGGACAUAAUCUUUAUCGUAUUAAUUCAAAUGGAAUACAUGCAAAAGAAAUCACAGCAUUAUUACAUGAAAAUGAACGUUUAUUUGUUGCUGGUUGGUCAAGACGUAUUCGAGUAUUUCAUUUGGGUAAAUCAGUUGUUAUUCGACAAGCUAGUUAUGAUGGUGAUAUUAUCUUAUGGACUAUUGAAACAGGAAUGCCGUUUAUGAAAUUAAAUUCAUUUGAAGAUACUAAGCCAAAACUUAUCUCACUUUCAUGGCUCUAUAAACAAACGGUAGUUUUAAGAAAACAAUAA